GCUGGGAAGCCAUGGAUGCCAACGGCGGCGGCAGUAAUGGCGGCGUGGCUGGCCCGACGGCGGCGGUGAACGGCGGCGGGAACGGCGGGAGGAGGAGGAGGGCGAGGGUCAGCCCGAUGGACAGGCACUGGGUGCCCGCCGACGAGGGGGAGAUGGCGGCGGCGGCGGCGGACGGCGGCGAGGACGGGCGGCGGCCGCUGCUGUACCGGACGUUCAGGGUCAGCGGCGUCCUCCUCCACCCCUACAGGUUAUUGACAUUGGUCAGAUUGGUUGCUAUCGUCCUAUUUUUCAUAUGGCGUAUCAGGCACCCGUAUGCUGAUGGCAUGUUUUUCUGGUGGAUAUCUAUAAUCGGAGAUUUUUGGUUUGGUGUUACUUGGCUGCUAAACCAAGUCGCGAAGCUCAAUCCUAUCAAGCGUGUCCCUGACCUUGCCCUCUUACAACAACAGUUUGAUCUCCCUGAUGGAAACUCCAAGCUCCCUGGCCUCGAUGUAUUCAUCAACACCGUUGAUCCCAUAAAUGAACCUAUGAUAUACACUAUGAACUCCAUUUUAUCCAUUCUUGCAGCAGACUACCCAGUUGACAAGCAUGCUUGCUAUCUCUCAGAUGAUGGUGGAUCAAUAAUCCAUUACGAGGGUUUACUUGAGACUGUAAAGUUUGCUGCAUUGUGGGUUCCCUUUUGCCGAAAACAUUCCAUUGAACCUAGGGCCCCUGAGAGCUAUUUUGCAGUGAAGUCACGUCCAUACACAGGAAGUGCACCAGACGAGUUUCUCAGUGAUCACAGAUGCAUGAGUAGGGAGUAUGAUGAGUAUAAGGUACGCUUAGACUCACUAUUUACCAUCAUUCCCAAAAGAUCGGAUGCAAACAACCAUGCACAAGCCAAAGAAGGUGUGAAGGCAACCUGGAUGGCAGAUGGAACUGAGUGGCCUGGUACAUGGAUUGAUCCGUCUGAGAACCAUAAGAGAGGGCAACAUGCUGGAAUUGUUCAGGUUAUGUUGAACCAUCCAAGCGAUCAACCUCAACUUGGUCUGCCAGCAGGCACUGAUAGCCCUAUGGACUUCAGUAUUGUUGAUGUGCGCCUUCCAAUGCUUGUGUACAUAGCCCGUGAGAAGCGCAUAGGCUAUGACCACCAAAAGAAGGCAGGUGCCAUGAAUGUGCAGCUGCGAGUAUCUGCCCUCCUCACUAAUGCGCCCUUCAUCAUCAACUUUGAUGGUGACCACUAUGUCAACAACUCAAAGGCCUUCCGUGCUGGCAUAUGUUUCAUGCUUGAUCGACGUGAAGGUGACAACACCGCCUUUGUUCAGUUCCCCCAACGUUUUGAUGACGUUGACCCAACUGACAGGUACUGCAACCACAACCGAGUCUUCUUUGAUGCUACUUUGCUCGGUCUCAAUGGUAUCCAGGGCCCCUCUUAUGUUGGCACCGGUUGUAUGUUCCGCCGAGUUGCAUUGUAUGGCCUUGACCCACCUCGUUGGAGACCUGAUGAUGUCAAUACUGUGGAUAGCUCCAAAAAGUUUGGCAAGUCAGAUUCCUUUAUCAACUCGAUGCCUGCAGCAGCAAAUCAAGAGCGCUCAAUCAUAUCGCCACCUGCACUUGGAGAGUCUAUCCUGAAGGAGUUGGAUGAUGUCAUGGCAUGUGCAUAUGAAGAUGGGACUGAAUGGGGCAAGGAAGUUGGUUGGGUUUACAACAUUGCAACAGAGGAUGUGGUGACAGGCUUCCGGUUGCAUCGGACAGGAUGGCGUUCUAUGUAUUGCCGCAUGGAGCCAGAUGCAUUCCGUGGCACUGCACCAAUCAACCUCACUGAACGCCUCUACCAGAUUCUGCGCUGGUCAGGUGGCUCCCUUGAGAUGUUCUUCUCACAUAACUGCCCAUUCCUUGCUGGCCGCCGGCUCAACUUCAUGCAACGAAUUGCUUAUGUUAACAUGACAGGCUACCCAAUUUCAUCAGUCUUUCUUGUGUUCUAUCUCCUCUUCCCGGUCAUUUGGAUCUUCCGUGGUAUAUUCUACAUACAGAAGCCAUUUCCUACAUAUGUAUUAUACCUUGUGAUCGUCAUAAUUAUGACAGAAAUGAUCGGUAUGGUUGAGAUCAAGUGGGCAGGCCUAACACUGCUGGACUGGAUCCGCAACGAGCAGUUCUACAUUAUUGGAGCAACAGCUGUUUACCCAACUGCAGUGCUGCACAUAGUGCUGAAGUUUCUUGGUUUGAAAGGUGUCUCAUUCAAGCUGACAGCAAAACAAGUAGCAAGCAGCACCAGCGAGAAGUUUGCAGAACUCUACGCCGUUCAGUGGGCACCACUGUUGUUCCCAACGAUAGUGGUGAUAGCAGUGAAUGUGUGUGCCAUUGGCGCGGCAAUAGGCAAGGCUGUCUUUGGAGGGUGGUCACUGAUGCAGAUGGGAGAUGCAUCGCUUGGGCUGGUGUUCAAUGUGUGGAUCUUGAUUCUGAUAUACCCAUUUGCACUGGGUAUAAUGGGACGAUGGAGCAAGAGACCCUGUAUCCUGUUCAUCCUGAUACUGAUUUCGCUUAUUAUUAUUGCAUUGGUGGAUAUUGCCGUCCAGGCUAUGCGUUCAGGAUCUGUAAGGUUCCACUUUAGACGAUCAGGUGGUGCCAGCUUCCCUACAAGUUGGGGUUUAUAGGAUUAUUUUGUUAUUUGUAUCCCCAGCGUCGGCUGGUACUUGUUUUCCCCUUGUUGAGUUUCUUGUUGAUUCUCAGGUCCUUUUUACAUGCUGUGCAUAGUAUAGUACAUUUACAGAUUUGUGCAAUAAAUGAAAGAUUACACAUUUGUCUGAUGUAAGAAGUUGUAGUAAUGCACCAUUUACAGUUAAUUUUCAAGUGUUCUACAGCAUGUGA